AUGGCAACAAUAACUGGAGGACGUUUUUGUCUGAAAUUUUUGGCAUGGUUCUUUCAGCGUGAAUUCUUUUGCUCCUUCUCUCUCCUUCUUAUGCAGACACUGUGUGUACGGACUGGUUAUGCCCUUCAUCGCCUGAGAUUAACGAGCUUCUACUCGGCCCAGGAACUCGCCGGCAAGGUUCUCCCGUGUCUUUCCUUCCUCACAGUGGACGCUGAAAAGGAAAUUCGUGACAUUGCCCUGCGGGCCCUUCAUGGUAUGCUGGAACGCCUGGAAAAGGCCAGCGAAGACCCGACUUUCGGUGAACCGGACUUGGCAGUAGUGGGGAAGGAAGAGACUGCUGGCAGCACACCGGGAGCCGUGGGAAUUUUGAAAUCCGGCACUUCUGCAGCUAGCGGCUUGCUCGGCAACUGGGCCCUCAGCGCUCUCACGUCUAUCUCCAACCGACUGAUUACUCAGUCAGCAGCUGCUCAAAAGCCCACGCCUGUCCAAUCUACUCCAGCGGGCGACUCAUCAAAUCCAAUCCUGUCUGACUGGGACACAUCUGACUGGCUUGAUGAGAAGUCGCAAGGAGUUGCUAAACGGGGGGAUUGGGGGAACGAGAACAGAGUGCCGGGGCAAUCCGCAUUCGCUAACCAGGUCUCGCCCAAAGUGCCGAAGGCUGGACAAUCAGAAGUCUGGAAGGCAGUUGAUUCCCCCAGCGGGAAAACUGAAGACACUGCCGGCUGGGAUGUGGAUGAAGAAGAAAACGAGUUUUUCGGCAAAUCCUCGUCGACAGCCGCUGUGAAACAGCCAGCCAAGAUGGCGACUCCGGCAGCCUCAACCGAUUGGACUUCUGAUUGGACUGCCGACCAAGACAAGACCAGUGGUUUUACAGACAAUCCGGACAGCUUCUUUGAUUAA